UCAGAUACUUCUUCUGCUUCUUGAGAUGUGGUUCUUAGCCAUUUCUGUAUUCUGUGGCGUGGUGCGGUGGACUACUGGCGUGCCGUUAGCAGAGGUGAUCAAGCCAGAGAACGAAACAACAGCUACUGAUGAAAUCAUUCACGUGAACCAAGUUGAAGAUGCGUUCGGUUCAAACCUGUACGAGGGGGACAUCAUGCUAUCUGGUGAACAGGUCGACUGGCGCGAUGCGGGUGACGUAGAUGGCGGAAAUGACGUCAACAUGACCGCAUCAAAGCGAGGCGGGUCCCGCAGUAGAACUUCCCUUUGGAAGACUCGUGUGAUUCCAUACGAGCUUGACCCAGCGCUAGUAUCCACUCAUGAUACAAAUCUGCAAGCUGCCAUCGCCGAAUUUAACCAACACACAUGUGUUCGCUUUGUACCCCAUACAUCGGAACCGGAUUGGCUCAAGAUAUCCGAUCUUGGCGGGUGCUGGUCUCAUGUCGGUUUCGUGACCACCAAACUUCAGCCAGGCCCUCAGAGUCUGUCCCUGGGAGUGGGAUGUAGCCAAAAAGGUGUCAUUCUGCACGAACUGAUGCACGCGCUGGGGUUCUGGCACGAGCAGUCGCGGCCUGACAGAAACCAGUACGUGGAGGUCAUGUGGGAGAACAUCAUACAAGGAAAGGAACACAACUUUAACAAACAAGGACACGAAGUCAUUGACGUCCUGGGAACAACAUACGACAUGGACAGCCUGAUGCAUUAUGGGACGAUGGGUUUCUCGUCCAAUGGGCAGCCAACACUGAGGGCUCUGUCGGACCCGAACAGGAUCCUGGGCCAGAUGAACGGCUUCAGUAGCAACGAUGUCGUAGAGAUCAACAAACUGUACGACUGUACAACUCCCACUGGCGGCUGGAGUUCGUGGUCUGACUGGGGGCCAUGUGACCAGUACUGCUACCAUUUGCGACAGGCGUUCUGCACCGCACCGCUUGCCCAAAGGGCGACCAACUGUCCGGGAGGUGAUAACAAAGUACUUAUGGAGAUUGCGCAAUGCUCCUCUGCAAAGUGUUAUGCGCCUGUCGAUGGUCACUGGGGCCGCUGGUCAGUUUGGGGAGCCUGCAGUGCGCCAUGUGGACCCGGGACCCACACAAGAACGAGGCAGUGUGAUGACCCUGUUCCUAAGAACGGCGGAAGCGCAUGCGCAGGGAAUAGCACGGAGUCACGAGCUUGUACACUCGGCACUUGCGGGCUCAGCGCCGAUGAUUGCGCGUUUACUGCGGGAACGUGUCACUGGAAUAUCGACACUUCAAGUUUCUUCCAAUGGCUGCGGACUUCUGGAAGCACGUCGACCUCUAAUACUGGCCCAGACGGAGACCACACGGAUGGAACAGGCCACUAUUUAUUUAUUGAGUCAUCUGCGCCGGCCCAGCAAUUCCAAAAAGCACAAAUGACAAGCAAGAUUUUUCAACCAACAAGUGGCUGCACGGUUAAGUUCUUCUACCACAUGUAUGGAUCAUCAGUGGGUGCUCUGAGGGUUUAUAUCCAAGACGCAAACACUAUGUUGAAAAGUAAAGUGUUUGAGCUCAGCGACGACCAGGGAAACCAGUGGCACCAGGGGACAGCUUCGUUUUCAAGUAGCACCGACUACAUGGUGGUAUUUGAAGGAGAAAGAGGUUCAAGCUACUACGGCGAUAUAGCGAUCGAUGAUAUCUCCUUCGUUAAUUGUGCCGGGCCGACUGUCUCGCCCCCUCCAGGAGUUGUGAUUGACGCCUGUGACUUCGACAAAAGUUACUGUUCUUGGACCCAGGAUCACUCGGACACUAAUAGGUAUCAGUGGUUCCGUCGAAGAGGACGCACACCCAGCAGGAACACUGGGCCCGACUCAGACCAUACAACAGGGAAAGGGCGAUACAUAUACGUAGAGGCUUCAUUUCCCGCACGACCAGGCCAAACGGCGCGGCUCCUAAGCCAAGAAUUCCCGGCAGGCUCAGGGCGCAUGUGUCUCCAGUUCUACUACUCGAUGUACGGCAAGGGGAUGGGAACCCUGAAUGUGUACACCAACGACACAGCCACUGGAAGCUUGAAUAACAUUUUCAUGCGUUCUGGAGAUCAGGGCAAAAACUGGCACCACGGCCAAGCAGUGAUAACGGACUCUAACGCUUAUAAGGUCGUACUUGAAUCAGUGAUUGGACCAAGUUUUCUCAGUGAUAUCGCGAUAGAUGACGUGUCAUUUUUGACAGGAGAUUGCCCCGCCCCCACUCUUCCUCCGAUCUCGUGCACUUUCGGGGAGUCCACGCCAGACAUGUGCGGCUGGUACAACGACCCACUCAACCCUUUCGUGACAGACGGGGGCAAGGUUACUUACAAUUGGGCUACUUCCCGGGGUCCCUCGCCAACCGCCAACACAGGACCCCCGGCUGAUCACAGCGGUUCAGGUUACUACGUCUACCUUGAGUCCUCAUGCCCCCUCGAGCAAGGCAUGAAGGGAAGGUUGAUCAACAGUGUAUCAAUCAUGCCCGCUACCGUGUGCAUAGACUUCUGGUACUACAUGUACGGAGAUGGCGUGGGCUCCCUGUCUAUUUAUACGCACGCUGACCCACUGAAUGCAUUGUGGACACAGACUGCUGACCAGGGUCAGCAGUGGUCGCAGGCGCGCGUCCAGUUCUCAAGCGCGAUUCCAUUUCAGCUUGUCUUCGAAGGCAUUCGCGGCACAAACUCAAGAGGGGAUAUCGCUAUUGAUGACGUCACCAUAUGGUACAGCGCAUGCUCGUAGACGUAUAUCAAUUCCGAAAGGAAUGGAAGGGAGAGAUAUCUUAGGUCUUAAAGAAUUGCAGAAAAAAAUAGAUGAGUAUUGGAAAUAAAACAAAUGCGAGCAUUA